AUGGGCUGGGACACUGCGACGAAUCGGUCUCUGGUUGGUGACCCCGAGCUGGACGCCAAGGGCCGCGUGCUGACGGCCGAGUUCCCUGCCCUGCGCGUUGUCUGCAUCUACGUGCCCAAUUCCAGGCGAGGCCUGGGCCGCCUGAGCUUCCAGCAGGCCUGGGACGAGCGCUUCCGCUCCUUCGUGUCCCAGCUGGACCGGUCCAAACCGCGACCUUCUGUGCCACUCAAGCCCGUUUUUAUCCCCCCGUGUGUCCCCCCAGCAGGUGACCCCGAGCUGGACGUCGAGGGCCGCGUGCUGAUGGCCGAGUUCCCUGCCCUGCGCGUCGUCUGCGUCUACGUGCCCAACUCUGGGCGAGGCCCGGGCCGCCUCAGCUUCUGGCAGGCCUGGGACGAGCGCUUCCGCUCCUUUGUGUCCCAGCUGGACCGGUCCAAACCGGUCGCCAUCUGCGGCGACCUCAACGUCGCCCACCAGCCCUUGGACCUGAUGAACUCGUCGGGGAACAAGAGGAGCCCCGGGUUCACGCGGGAGGAGAGGGAGGCGUUUGGGGAGCUGCUGGGGGCGGGCUUCCUCGACAGCUUCUGGGUGUUUAACCCCUCGCUGCCCAACGCCUUCACCUUCUGGACCUACCUGAGUGGGGCCAGGGCCAGGAACGUGGGCUGGAGGCUGGAUUACUGCCUGUGGUCCCAGAGGGGCAGGAAGGAUCUGUGCGACAGCAGGAUCGAGCAGCGGGCCCAGGGCAGCGACCACUGUCCCAUGGGGAUCUACCUGGCGCUGGAGGGGGCAGGCUGA